CAUGCACAUGUGAGAGCUGCGUGGCGAGUAACCGACGUUUACUUCAAAUACACUUCACUGUCGACGCAACGAAAGAACUCGGGAGCGAAGUAUGAAUGGACACGGACACUAUCCUCCGCCGGACUUCGGCUGUCCGCCUCCAAAUACCAUCCAACAUGUUCAGCAGCAGUACGCGAGCAGCUUCCACCCCAGCAUGUGGAGCUGGGGCGAGGCGUCCUCCGAGCACGCCGGGGACCACAGCAGCCAGAGGGGACGGCACCACGGGGCCACGGCAGAGUUCGGUUCCCCAUCAGGCCGUGGAGGUUAUGGACAGAAACGUCCACACGGUCAAAACUUCGGUCGCGACUGGCAUGAAGGUGGGAGACAGAGUUAUGGAAGCCCUAACAAUUAUGGGAAAAAGCAGAAAAACAAGAAGGAACCCGAGUACUCUCAUUUCUGCGACACGUGUGACCGCGGCUUCAAGCACCAGGAGAAGUACGAUGAGCAUGUUUCUCAACAUGUCACGUGCUCUGUGGCAGACUGCAGCUUCGUGGCUCAUGAAAAACUAGUCGCCAUCCACUGGAAAAACAACCACGCACCGGGCGCUAAAAGGAUCAAGCUGGACACACUGGACGAGAUCACGAAAUGGAGAGAGGCGAGGCGCAAAAACUAUCCAACACUUCAGAAUAUGGACAAGAAGAAGAAAGUGAUGGAGGUGCGGGAGGAGACAGGAGCCGUUCUGGAGACAGCCCAGUUUGGGCAGAUGAGAGGCAGAGGGUGGGGGGGUCGAGGCCGUGGCUGGGGCCACAGAGGGUGCCGUGGGCGGCCCCCUCAGGGCCCUCACCCAUCGGACAGCAGCGCCACAGAGAGACCUCCGCCCCCCACCCAGCCGUGCAGGGACAGGGAUCCACUGGGAGCGCUGGCCAGCAGCGAUCACGAUUCUGACCGAGAGGAGCCGGCCCCCGAGUCCAAGGCGGGUUUCCUGGUUGUGGCUCCCAAACAGAUGAGCUCAGCUCUGGCCUCCCUGAUGGCCAACUACGGCUCCCUGAGUGAAAGUGACGAGGAACCGGAAGCCGCCCCUAUUCAGAGAGCCAAAGACCUUGGGCAUGAAAACCAUGCUUUCCUAAACUCAGUACCACAAAAGUCUCAGGACCGAGGUCCCUGGAGGGGCCCGGACACCUCUUCACAGGUUACAGAGGCCCUUCACACUCCUAACAACGGAAGAGGAAGAGGAAGAGGGGGAAGAGGACGAGGAGGCAGAAGAAGAAGGGGCGGUAGAGGAGGAUACCAAGAUACACCGCAGGCGCGCCGUCCCACUCUACUCGAGAUGUUACUGGCCCCAGAUAUCCGCCAUGAGAGGAAUGUCCUCCUGCAGUGUGUGCGCUACGUUGUCCGAAACAACUUCUUUGGCCUGGAGAGCAGACCCGAGGACCAGAGGGCGAAGGAUAAAGUCCCUUCAGCGAUCUCAGCCGGAGAGUUCACAGGGAGGCCGGAAAGGCCGUCGGAUAAAGCCGAGGCUCGGUUUCCCCCUCUGGUUGCUGCACAGAGAAGUUCAGCAGAAGUGAAUCAUCUGGAGGAGUCAGAAACGGGUCAUGCUGUUCUCGUUGACCAGUAUUUGCAUCCACGCUCAGAACCUUCUCAGGUUUCUCCUGCGGACUCGGCAGCAAGUGUGGAGCCGGUUCCAGGACAUUUCACCCGAAAUACUGAAGAGUCCACUGUGAAAGACGGGCUGUAUUCAACGGGCACAGACGAAAUCAGAUCUACCUCUAAUACUUACGAUGAUGAAGUAUGGGAGAGUCCUGGUGCUGUUAUGUCCGAUUAAAUUACUGAACUGGA